GGGGGAGGCAGAUGCGUCCUUGCUGUGUGACACCGGCUGCAAAGGAUUGUGGGUAUUUCCGGUUAGUGGUGCCUUUUUUCUGGUUUAGAACAGAUGAUUAAUCUUAUGGUCAGCCUUUGUUUUAUCUAGGCUCUUUUACGCAUAAAUUAUUGCGCAUCAUCAUAAUUAAAUAAUCCAGAGAGUAAUACAGAUAUUGACCAGUUUAAGGUCGCGUGGUGUCGGGUUCAGACCUUUAAGCUAAUGCUAAUCUGUAGCAUAAACGUCAGCGUUUGCUGUUUGUAGCCUAGCCUGUAAACAUCAACGUGUAUUUGAAAUGGACAAGCGGCUUAUUUGCCUCUAAACCUCUAUUCUUUUAUCAUUGCUCUUUCCAGUUGGAGCACAGCUUGAGAGAUUAAACUGGACGUGGCGACUUAGAGAUGGCAGGGUUUUAUCGCGGCAAAGUGACUCCUUUUUACCCAAAUCAAGCGACGGGUGUUGCAAAGAGGUUCUGUUCCUCUGAUGACAGAGAUGAGCCACCAAGGAAAGCCCCAGCGUUACAGUUCAGCUCCAGACCUGGAUUUGAGCCUGUUCCCUUUGUCAGUGGUGGAAGCAGUGUUGGGAGGGCUCAUGAGAAGGAAAAUGACCAGCGUAGAAGGAGUGAGCUGCACAGUUUUCGACGAUGGGAGUAUGAUCACUCGCCCUACAAUGGUCAAGUACGUGGACCUGCCUUUGACAGAGGAUCAUCCUACAGCUCUGACCCCAGGAGUUUCCAUAGAGACAGGGAGGAGAGACGGGGAGAGUUUUCUGAAUCAACAUUAGGUUUAGGUUAUAGAGAUGGUGGCUCCACAUCUACAUUUAUGGCAAGAACCGAACGGGAAUACACAGCCAGAUUUGAAGCCCAUUCUUCCAGAAACACUGACUUGUUUUCACAGCCCCAGAGAUAUAAUGGCAUUGGUGGUGGGAGCAGGUCUGGUUUGGGGUACAGCCAUAGGAAUCAGCCAUCAACUAGCAGGUUUUGCAGCAACAACAGCCCCUCCGUUCCUCAACCUGAAUCUUUGUUUCAGCCUCAACCAGUAUCUCAGGCAACACUUGAUGAGAAGCAGAGAAUAAUUGAUAAUGUAGCAUCUGCUAUUAAAGUUGCCUUUGGGGACCCAGCUUGUAAAAAUACAAAUAAUGAACCAAACUAUAAUUUCAUCUUAAGUCGAAGCAUCCAAGCUUGUAAAACAAAUCCUGAAUACACUUAUGUUAACCUGAAGGACAUUCCCCCAGCUGACUUGCCAAAAAACAAGAAAAUGCCAUCUGAUGGCUAUGCCUGUGAACUUCGAUGUCAGCAGGUUUAUCUUGCCACUGGGUAUUCAGGUAGUAAGAAUGGAGCGAGGGAUCGUGCCUCAGAGCAGGCUGUACGACUUUUGUUGAGACCAGUGGAGGUUCGUGUUGUGGAGCGCAAAUACAAACACUCUGUACUAAAAGACAUGGUUGUGUGCCAAGCACACAGUCCAACCCCAGCCUUUGUACCUGCUCUUUGUAACCCAGAGGAAAAGCCUGCAAGCUCUAAAGGACAGUUUGAGCCUGACAGUCAAAAACAUUGGAGGGAGUUUGUGGUUGUUGAAAAUGCUCAUGAUGCAAUAUGCAUUCUCAACAAUUCAGCAGCUUAUAACCGCAUGAAAAUAGACUAUAAAUUUGACUUGCUCCCAAACAAUACUUGGGUUUGCAAAGUUUUUGUACAAGAUGAGCUCCUAGGAACUGGAAGAGGCAAUAAAAGGUCUUCAAAACAUACAGCAGCUGAAGAUGCCCUAACAAAGCUCCGAAAGAAUCAGGAAAUGCGCCAGCAGCAUGUGCAACAACAGUCUCACUUUGACAGGCAAAAGAAACAACAAGAUGAUGUAGGUUUUGGACCACAGCUUCACAAGAAACAUCAAAGUGAUCUAGUUAUUCUGGAAAAUUCAGAUAAUGCAAUUUGUAUCAUUAAUGAUACCGCUCAGUUUAAUAAAGUGACUGUUGAUUACAAGUUCUCAGUUCUGCCCAAUCAGUCCUGGAAGUGUGAAGUUUAUUUGGAAGGACAGUUUGUUGCAGCAGGAGAAGGGCCUAAAAAAACAGUUAAGCACAUUGCAGCAAACGAAGCCCUAAAAACACUAAAGCAGACACAUUCUGUAGUAAAAGCAAACAUAAGAAAAGAUAGCACUACUGAAGCCAUAUCACGAUCACAGAUAAUGGGCCGCUCGGGUGAAGAGGACAUGAAGCAGGAAAUUAAAGAGGACAAUAUUGGGAACCAGCUGCUGCGUAAAAUGGGAUGGAAGGGUGGAGGCCUGGGUCGUGAUGGAGAUGGUAUUGCAGAACCCAUUAGAGUAAAAGAACAGUUUUCUAGAGAAGGUCUUGGCCUUGAUGCAGAUAUUCAGCUCAACAAGCGUGACCUUGAAGAUGUCAUCCGUAACUAUGCCGCUUCAGACAGGCAAGAUGAUCUCCGCUUUUCCUCUGAUCUGACAAAUGAUGAACGCAAGCAGAUCCACCAGAUAUCUCAAAAAUAUGGCCUUCGAAGCAAAUCUUAUGGGCAGGGAAAACAAAGAUUUCUUAUUGUUAGUCGCAAAGUACACAAAGAACAGCUGAUUGGGCAGCUUUUACAGGAAGGACAAGUGGGACGAUAUGCGCUCAUAAAACCUCAGGCCUUGCAUUAAUUUACAAGUUAUAAUAUAUUUAAGUCAGCUAAAUUAAUAUGCAUUUUUUUAUAUAUAUUUCUGUAAAAUACUUGGGAACUUGCACAAAUGAUGUCUGUCUUACUAUAGUUCAGGUAGAGAAUUUGUUCAUUUUGUUCUGGGUAAUGCCUGCCUUUGAUUCUUCAAUUUACAUUAAACAGGUUGAAUCUACUUGAAUUGUAUCAUAUUUUUCAAAUGAAAAUUAUUACCUCUUUGAUGAAUGUGUUAUGUUGAUCCCCCUGCCAGAUUGGAAUGUUUGUGAAAAAAUAUCCAUUACCUGUAGCAAAGUACUCCUGGGUUAAGCAAUAAAUUAUUAAAAUAUA